AUGAUCUUUUUUUUUUUUUUUUUUUUUUUUUUAACUUUUACAUACUUUGUUUUGAUCUUGUGAGGCUGGGCCUCUCUCUGUCUUUCUGAAGUUUUUGAGGAGCCUGGAGCUACUCAGCUAAGACUGAAUUUUGAAACUUUCUCUUUGGGGGUGAAAGCAAAGAACUUCUUUUCUUUGCUCGCUGGACAGAUAAAUGCUGUUUAUGAAGAUGGACCUGUUGAACUACCAGUACUUGGACAAGAUGAACAACAACAUCGGUGUUCUGUGCUACGAAGGUGAAGCUGCUCUCAGGGGAGAACCCAGAAUGCAGACCCUUCCGGUGGCUUCUGCUCUCAGCAGUCACCGCACAGGCCCCCCUCCCAUCAGCCCCAGCAAGAGGAAAUUCAGCAUGGAACCCGGGGACAAGGACCUGGACUGUGAAAAUGAUCACGUCUCCAAGAUGAGCCGUAUCUUCAGCCCCCACCUGAAUAAGACUGUCAACGGAGACUGCAGAAGAGACCCCAGGGAAAGGAGCCGCAGUCCCAUUGAGCGGGUUGCAGCCCCUGCUGUGAGCUUGCAUGGUGGCCACCUGUAUGCAUCCCUCCCUGGCCUCAUGGAGCAGCCUCUAGCACUGACUAAGAACACCAGUGACACUGGCAGGUCGGCUGUGGAGAGGCAGCAGAACCGGCCCUCUGUGAUAACCUGCGCAUCAGCGGGCGCUCGCAACUGCAACCUCUCUCACUGUCCCAUUGCACACAGUGGCUGCUCUGCAUCUGGAUCUGCCAGUUACCGGAGACUGCCCAGUGCAACUGCCACCUGUGACCCUGUGGUGGAAGAGCACUUCCGAAGGAGCCUAGGCAAGAACUACAAGGAGCCGGAGCCAGCACCCAACUCGGUGUCCAUCACUGGCUCUGUGGACGACCACUUUGCCAAAGCACUAGGUGACACAUGGCUUCAGAUCAAAGCGGCGAAGGACAGCGCUUCCAGCAGCCCAGAGUCAGCCUCACGCCGGGGCCAGCCAGCCAGUCCCACUGCCCACAUGGUCAACCAUAGUCACUCCCCCUCUGUGGUCUCCUGAAGGGGGCUCCACCCUCUGACCACACAGGGAUCUGCAUGGUUUGCCUGAGCUUUGAACAGUCCGUGCUUUACAAAAAAAAAAAAAAAAAAAAAAAAAAAAAAAAAAAAAAAAAAAAAAGA